GUAGACAUCACAUGAUCUGUGGAAGCAUAGAGGCCAACACUGCUGUUUAGUUCACACUGUGAGGAGCCACACUUUGAGUUUUAAUUGACCCUUGGACUUGAUAAGGACUACAUUUCAGCAUGGACAGAGAAAGACCCCCUCUUCAGUUAACAGUGGUACAGUGUCAGCCUGGUCCAGCGGUUCAGGAUGGACAGUGGAGCACUGGCCUGUGUGAAUGCUAUGGGGAUAUAGGAGACUGUUGCUUCGCUCUCUGGUGUUUGCCUGUAUUUGUGUGUAAGACGAACAGGGCCGCAGGGGGCUGUGUGUGUUUACCUCUGCUGGACUGUGUGGGCUGCGUGCCUCCAGCCUCCCUCGCAAUGCGUGCAGCAGUGAGAGAGCGCUAUGGCAUAGAGGGCAAUGUGUUCAGUGACUGUUUCUACGGCUGCUGCUGUUAUACUCUGUCCUGGUGUCAGAUCUCCAGAGAAAUCAAGAAGCGGACAGCCGCCUUGGCCAAAAUCCAGUCUUCAUCACUCUCCUCUUCCUCAUCCAAAACACGCCGCACUGCCCUUCUCUACCUGGACCACUCUCACCUCAUUUAGAAUACUGGGACUUGUACCACAGCAGCAGCAAUGAUUGGUUUAAAGAUCCGGGCAAACUGCAAUGCAAAGGAGAGCACUUUGUUCCAUUAGAGAGUGUUUUAUUACUGCAUGAGUUUGUGAAAGAAUUUUGUGAUUUUUUGUCUCAACCUUUUGCUGUUAGCUAUGGAGAAAGAGAGAGAGAGAGAGAGAGAGAGAGAGAGAGAGAGAGAGAGAGAGAGAUUUAACACUUAAGUCAAUAAACCAAAAAAAAAUGUAACAAAAAAGCUUACAGACCUUUUACCUUACUGAAACCUGAAGAUUUACUCCUCCGCUGAAAAUUCUCUAAGAAAACACAAGACAUUUACUCAAAACUGAAACACCUAAGCAGCUCUUAAAAAGCAAGAUAUUAUCAUACUUUCAACGGAGAGAGAGAGAAAGAGA